ACCCAAAAGUCACAUUUGGAUUUUAGGGUUCGGAUUAUAUCAUCAAGUGGAUAUGAUUUUUAAACACUCCAUUCCUUGUCUGCUUCUGAGAGGUCCCUAUGCAUUCAGGAGUCUUAUCAGUAAUCACCAAAUAAACAAUCAUGCCAUCAAGUGGAUGUGAUUUUAAUUUUUAAACACACCAUUCCCUUUUGUAGUUUUCUUAUGGUGGUGAAAAACAGGUUGGGAAGUUGACACAAACUAAAUCACUCUGUAUCUGCCUCUUAUUCCACAGUAGUUAGCUCAGACCAAAUCCUAUGCCAUUAUAAGAGCACUCUAUCUUUUCCUCUGCUCCAAACCAUAUAUCUGCUUCUUGCUAGUAGAAAAUGGAGUAUGUUGGAAGAAUAGAGUUGGCUACCCCAAGGAUAUAUAACACAGACGAUCUUACCCCUCCCCAUCAAACUCUUGUAGAUUACUUGGAUCACAAGCCUUCUCUUGAGUUCAUGAACUUGAGAACUGACCUUAAGAUCAAAACCAGGAGAAAAGCAGCAGUCGUUUAUCACAUCGAACGUAACGGUCAUCCUGAGCAUCCUCAUUUCUUGGAGGUCCCCAUCUCUUCUAGUAAAGGGCUCUACCUCAAAGAUGUGAUCAAUGCUCUUAACUCGAUCAGAGGUCCAGGCAUGGCUAACAUGUACUCAUGGUCAUCAAAGAGGAGGCAUGGGAAAGGAUUCGUGUGGAAAGACUUGACAGAGAACGACUUGAUACAACCAUGCAAUAAUGAUGAUGGUGGCAAUGACAAUUACAUUCUGAAAGGGUCACCAGUCCCUGAGCUCUUCUCCACAUGGAACUUGAGAUCCCCUGCUGCUGACACUCUAACAUCUUCAGCCACAUCCAAAGGAUCCUCCGACGACAUCGACGCCUCUAGCAUGAGCGAUGACGACGACGACUUCGAUUCACCAGUCAUCAGAGGGAAGAGCUUUGGCCGUGGCACCACGUUUGUCGAUGCUGAUGUUGAUGAUGAUCAACGUCGACGGGAUAAUAAGCUGCCACCACCACGCACGAUGACCAUCUUGACCAAUGAGAUUGAUGAACUGUACUCUGAAUUUCCAUCACCAAUGGAUGCAAAAGAUGUUGAUGCAAAAGAAGCUUGCCAGCAGCGCCAUGAAACUCUCCGAUCUGCUAUGAUGAGAACUACUACUGACAGGGUUUCUCCUUCUACACCUGCUGAAUCAAUAGCCAGAAAGCCUGCUGCGGGGAGAGUUGGGAGGCCGAGGACAACUGAGCUUCUGUGGACUCUGGUGAGGUGUGGUCGUGUGGAUCACGUUCGAUGAGGUGAAAAGAGAUGGACAAAUGAAGAUGGUGAUGAAGAAGUGGAAGAAAUGAAACUAAGUGAUGUGAUGUGUACUUUGAUGAUCAGGAAUUCACAAUGACUAUUGAGGUUGUUUUUUUUUAAAUAAGAGAUAUAUGAUGUUGCAAGACAUGUAAGGAGGGUGGGCAUCGGUAUGAAAUCAUAUCAAAUCGAGAUAAAACCGAAUCAAAAUUAAAGAAAAAUUGAGGACCAUAACAAAAUAAUUUUUUUUUUGGUUUUUUGGCUCUGACUUAUUUCGGUUCAAUUUUCAUUUUAGUUCGUUUUUAUCGUACUUGAAGAUCAUUUGAAGGAUAAAAAUAUUUCGAUUAGAUCUUAUCCAAAUAUUUAUUUGAUAUAAUUUGUCUUAUGUAGACUGGAUUGUUGUCCACCCCUAAAUACAUGAAUCAUCUAUGUAAAAAAAUAUUUAUUAUUACCCGAAUCAUCGCAUGUCAUUAUAUAUGAAGACUUGUGAGAAAAAAGUUUAAUGGUGAGUAGAAUAUUAUCUUUAAACUUUGUAUGUGAAAUAAUGGAUAUUUAUAUACUAUAUUGACCAAUAUAAAUUUGAUAUACUUUGAUUUAUGUGAAUUGACUAAAAUGGUAUGUACAAGCUUGAAUAAGAGGUUUUAUAGAAGAGAAAGUACGUUGAAUUGGAAAGGUCAAAGAAUCUAAAGUCAAAUGGUCAACCCCAAUUCAUAACAUUAUAAUUUUAAAGGUAAAGAGUACUUUUAGUCCCCAUAUCUAUAGUUUUAACAAACACAUCCAUAUAAUAUGGAAUUUGUCAAAAAGGUUCUUCUAAUAUGUUGUUUUUAUCUGUAUAUCAAAAUUUGUUAAGGAUAUAGUCGACUCAUGCUCGGUAAUCACUUGUUUAAAAACUUUGCAUCUCAAUUAUGUUCUACUGGAUUAAUCAUACUACAUUCCUAAUCCUUAUUAGGCUAGAAUGUUAUAACGCACUAAUAGUUAUUGAAUAGCAUUUUUUGGAAUUCAACCACCGCGGAUCAAACUACAAUAUUAUAACCUUGUCAUUAACUAUUUGGUCGCAAUAACUGAGGUUCAUGCAUAAAUCUUAAUCACUUUUUUAUACGCCCUUUCAAACGAAAGACAACUAAUGGCCUUGAAAUUAAUUUGCACAGGUUUGUUAUACAUGAAUUUCUCCCAACAACUCGAGUUAUUAUGAACAUUUAUAAGACAAACCACAAUACAUAUUUCUACGAUGGAACUGUGGUUGAAUUCACAUUUUUUUUUUUUACAAAAGGUAAUCAUAUUUUGAUUAAAGUAGAGAUAAAACACAUUACACCCUGAUAUGGAUCCGUGACAAAAAAUCAAAGGAACGACGAUCGAGUACAAAGAAAGAACCUUUUUAGUUUUUAGCCACCAAAUAUGCUAUCCUAUUGCUAAUCCGAUCUACAAAUCGUACAACAAAACCAUUACGAAGCGCCAAUAGACAUAAGACUUCUUCAAGAAUGGCCCCAGAAUAACUAUAUCGCGUAUUUGCAAGGAUUAUCUUAUCAAUGACCACCUUCGCAUCCCUUUCAAAACGAACCUAUAAGAUACCGAAGUCCAAACACCACUGCAUAACCUCCCGAAGGACCAAAAGUUGUAUCAAGGAUGAAUCAUCAUUAUCCUCAAAGUUAGGGGUGUUCAAAUGGUUACCAUGGUUAUAACCAAAUCAAAUAAGGCUAAAUUCCAUUAACCAUGGAAUACAAUAUCAUAACCAAACCGUCCAAACUAGUACAACAACCAAAUUAACCAAACUAAAAUUUAAUCGGUUUGGUUAAUUGGUUAACCAGAUUAACCAAUAUAAAAUCACAUUAUCAUUGACGAUGAAAAUUUUUCGGUUAAUGCAUCAAUUCGCAAUUCAUAUAAUGAAUAAAACAUAACAAU